CAUCGUCCAACUCCAACAAAUUUCGGAGUAGUACAUAUAGGCAGACAGUACAUACAUGUGUAUAUAUAACACGUAUAACGUUUAAUCUGAAUUGACUUUCACGUACUUAUAUCAAACAAUAUGUGUGUGGUUGAUUGCCAUCUGUGAGAUACCUCUCCACCUAAUUCUUACAUACAUCACAAUACAUCAAACAUUGGUGUCGCAUAUUUCAUUCUACAUAUGUACAUUGUACCAAUUUACAAAACUUACUCCUGCCAACUCAUCCUUUUCCCAUUGUCCGAUCAACAUUCGUUACAAAAAAUGAAUAAUUUGCGUGGUUUAUAAGACUGAUAACGUUAAAAUUCACACGAAGAACGAGAAGUGGUGACAACAGUGGGGCAUGAAGGUGUAAUGAACCUUGAUAUUUAAUGAAUGGGGAAUACUGUUGUGGCUAUGUUUGUGGAUCAUUUAAUUAUUCGCAUAUGAUUGUCGGGUGAUUUAACAGGGAUUUGUUAGGACAAAAACAAUAAUGACUACAGCGGCAGUUCCACUCACACCCGAGUAUAAUAGUAAAUUUUUUGAAUCUCUGCAGACUGAUCUGAAGGCAUUAGGUGCAGAGACGAAGAAAAAGUAUCCACAGAUUAAGGAGUCGUGCGAGGAGGGAAUAACGAAACUGCGUACCGUGAUAAACAACCCGGGCGCCUCCUCCGUCUACCAUGUUGUUAAUCAAAUUCUCUAUCCCCUGGUCCAAGGGUGUGAGAGUAAAGAUAUGAAAAUAAUCAAGUUUUGCCUUGGAAUGAUGCAAAAACUGAUAACACAACAAGCAAUUGAUCAAAAGGGUGCACGUUAUAUAACAGACACCCUCUGGAUGCUGAUGGAAUUAGGAAUAGAAGAAGUCAAAGUGCUUCAGACCGUCACACUUCUCCUGACCAGCAACACAAUUGUCCAUGGUGAGACACUAGCCCGGAACUUGGUCCUUUGCUUUCGUCUGCACUUCACCAAAGACUCGACAACCAUUAACACUGCUGGAGCAACUGUUCGCCAACUGGUCUCUUUAGUUUUUGAACGAGUUAUUGUUGAAGACGAAUCACUCAAAAUUUCUAGGCAACCUCGACUCGAGCCUGAGCAAGCUCCACCCCAACCAGAUCAAUCUCAAGCGAAGCAGAGUCAUUCGGAUGACCUGAGACAAAGCUCAGCCCAAGCUCCAAAGGGUCUUGCCCCAUGUGCUGCUGAUGCAUUCCUCAUGUUCCAGGACCUAGUCCACCUGGUGAACGCAGACCAACCCUAUUGGCUCAUCGGCAUCACUGAAAUGACCCGAACCUUCGGCUUAGAACUCCUGGAGUCAGUUCUCACAAACUUCUCUUCAGUCUUUUUCAAUCAUCCGGAGUUCAGGUUCCUUCUGAAAGAGCGAGUUUGCGCUCUGGUGAUCAAACUCUUCUCCCCUAACAUCAAAUACAGAAAUUCAGUACCAGCCUCUGUCCAGCAAGCCACUCCCCUGGACAAGCCCUACUUCCCCAUCAGCAUGAGACUCCUUCGAGUUGUCUCAAUCCUGAUACAAAAAUAUCACUCACUAUUGAUCACUGAAUGUGAAAUUUUUCUCUCACUAAUUGUCAAAUUCUUGGACCCGGACAAGCCUGUUUGGCAACGAGCACUGGCUCUAGAAGUCCUCCAUAAAAUGACAGUGUACACAGACUUGUUGAUAAGUUUCUGCGAAUGUUAUGAUCUGAAACAACACACGACAAAUAUCUUCCAGGAUAUUGUCAACAGUCUUGGAGCAUACGUCCAUAGUCUUUUCGUGAAUCCAGUGCAGAUGAGUCCCCAGGUGAACCCAGCUGGAGCUUCAGCUGCUCAACAACCCUCGAUGGCUUCAGCAACUCUGCUGGCUGGAAUGCCUGGUCCAGGUAUCUCUCCCCAACCUGGCUUCUACUCUCGAGGAAUUUGGCUGCCAAUAGUUGUCACAUACCCGAGUGGUCAGGCUAAACCCAUUUAUUUGGAGAUGUUGGAUAAAAUUGAACCUCCACAGAUACCUGACGGCUAUGGAAUCAGCAUAGCUUAUGCCUGUCUUCUAGAUAUCAUCGGUUCGAUUUCCUUUGGAAUUGUGGGCUCUAAUAACGAUCAGACUGGGAGAGGAGGUGAAACACAUGAGAGUAAUCAAUACAAGCCAUCAGAGGCGGAACAAAAACUUCAUAUUCAAUUGAUUACAUCUAGUUGGUGUGGACUACUAGCUGCACUGAGUCCAUUAGUCGAUGCCAGUACUGAUGAAUCAACGACUGAGAACCUUCUCAAAGCAGUUCAGACAUUUGCAUCAUUGUGUGGAUUGUUGGAGCUUCAAACUCCUCGAGAUGCUUUCAUAACAGCCAUUUGUAAAGCUUCGUUACCUCUUCAUUAUGCAUUGACAGUUCUGAAUGUAAAUGGCAAUGGAAAUACUGUGAAGGGGAUGAAGGCAGGUCCACUAACACCAACGAGAAGUCAACAAGGGGAGAAUCAGCCUCAGAAUCAAACUCAAUCCCCCCCACAGCAUCAAGAUUCCUGUCACAAUUAUAAUCCUUCAAUCGCUGAGCCCUUGGAUUACAGACAGCAAGUAGUAGCAGUAGGAACUCCACUCCCAACAGCUUCCUUGCCCAUUGGCGCUCAGCAUCAAGGACCAGUGAUGCUGACUGCAAAAAAUUUGCAGUGCAUGAGGGCAUUAUUAAUGCUUGCCCACUGUCAUGGAAGUAUUCUAGGCAGUGCCUGGCACCUCGUUCUCACCACUCUCCAGCACCUUGUCUGGAUUCUUGGACUAAAACCAUCAACAGGGGGUUCAUUAAAAGCUGGGCGGACAGCCACAGACUCCAACGCUGUUCUGACAACAGCUGUUAUGGCAGAUUUACCUGUACUUAGUGCCAUGCUGAGUAGAUUAUUCGAGAGCAGUCAGUAUCUGGAUGAUGUAGCUCUUCAUCAUCUCAUCGAUGCUUUAUGCAAGUUGAGCCAGGAAGCUAUGGAGCUAGCGUACACAAACAGAGAGCCAUCGUUGUUCGCUGUUGCCAAACUAUUGGAGACUGGGAUUGUUAAUCUUUCGAGAGUUGAGGUUCUCUGGAGACCUCUGACCAAUCAUCUGUUGGAGGUUUGUCAGCAUCCUCACAUCCGGAUGAGAGAGUGGGGAGUAGAGGCAAUAACGUAUCUUGUUAAGUCUGCGUUGCAGUACAAGUAUCCGACUCCACUCAGGGACAAUCAGAAGCUGCAGACGUUGUUACUGGGACCUUUAUCAGAAUUGUCAUCAGUCAGACAUGCAGAUGUGCGCCAGAGACAGCUAGAGUGUGUCCUCCAGAUCCUCCAUGGAGGUGGAGAAACUCUUCAUCAUGGAUGGCCAUUGGUUCUUGGCAUCAUUGGAGCUGUUUCUGAUCAUCAGGGCGAUAAUCUCGUGAGGAUUGCGUUUCAAUGCCUUCAGCUCGUGGUAACAGAUUACCUGCCUGUGAUGAGCUGGCGUUGUCUUCCUCUUUGCGUGGACACAGCUGCGAAAUUUGGCUCUCAGACGCAAGAACUCAAUAUAUCGUUGACUGCUGUUGGACUCAUGUGGAACAUCAGUGACUACUUCUUUCAGAAUCAGGAGAAGAUACUGAAUUCAUUAAAGUCCAAUGAGUCUCAGGUGGAGAACAUCUUUCCAGAUUUCCCUGGGACCACGAACAUGCCCUCGUUUGAUAAAUUGUGGAUGUGUUUGUACACGAGAUUGGGGGAUUUGUGUGUAGACCCUAGACCUGCUGUUCGUAAGUCUGCCAGUCAAACGUUGUUCUCUACGAUUUCGGCGCAUGGGGGAUUGCUCCAUCAGCAGACGUGGCAGGCGGUUCUCUGGCAGGUUCUCUUCCCACUGCUGGAUAAAGUGAGAAAUCUGUCGAGUUCAGCGAGCAAUGAAAAAGUUGAUACUAGUGGAAAUAUUCUGAUUCAUCACAGUAGAAAUACUGCACAGAAACAGUGGGCAGAGACGCAAGUAUUGACUUUGAGUGGAGUGGCAAGGGUCUUCAAUACCAAGAGACAAUUACUUCAGACGUUGGGGGAUUUUCCAAGGGCCUGGUCACUCCUCCUUGAGUUCAUAGAGUAUGCAGCAUUGAGUAAAAACAACGAAGUGUCUUUAGCUGCGUUGAAAUCGUUUCAAGAGAUUCUCUACAUUCAGAAGAAUGGCAACACUGACAAUUAUCCCGAGAGCUCAGGAUUGAGCUCUUCAGUAUCUUCGAUGGAGUCUCUAUGGCUGGUCGUCUGGAGAGUGUGGAUAAAUAUUGGUAUGGAGAGUUCUGUGGUAACUUCUCUUUCACAGAGAGAUAAUUCUGAUCCAUUGAUUAAUCAACAAACUUCUCAGAACAUUUUGGUUGAUUCCAUACAACAGCCUUAUGUUCCCUCUCAAGCGUUUCUUUCAGCGCUAAUUCAAAUAUUCCCAGCGAUAUUCCAACAUAUCAGGGAUAAAUUUGUUAGCAGCGAUGUCGAAAAAUUGUGUACAGUACUUAAGCACGUAGUACAGGUUCCAGUUCAUGGAGAAUCGACUCCUUACAUCCUUCCCACUGUUCCUGAUAUCAUUUUGACCCAACUUCAGGAUGGCGUUUUACACUCGAUGGAACUUUUGAAGGGUGAAGCACUGAGUGGAGAGUCUGAUAAACUCAAUACCAUGAUUGGAUUUAUAUUUUUGCAACUGUUGGAAUUCUCCAAACUAGCUUGCCACCCGCCCUCAUCAACAUUAGCAAAACUACAGAUUAAGACGAAUUACAAUAUGAAUCAGUCCCAGCAGAUUCGAAGUUCUUCUAACGAAUGGAUUACAAUGAAUUAUGUCCCUUUUGGGGAGAAAUCCUUGACGAUGGCUGUCAAUCUUUACGAGAAAAUAUCUGCAGAGUUUGUGGUGAUUGAUCAAGAGAUCUUGAAACACAUUAUUGGAGCUUUGAAAAUUCCUCUAUCCAUGAAAUACGCCUGCCCCUCUCCCACGACAUGGAAACUCGCUGUGACGAGUCUCCUAACAGUUCUACAUGUUGGUUUACCUCUUGCCAGGAAGCAUCAAGAUAAGUUCGAGACGAUGUGGCCAGUGUUGGCUGAUACUCUUGACGAGUUUCUCUUUCCAAAGAGCUUAUCGAUGAUCAAAACAGAGAGGAAUCUCGAGGAGAUCCAAGCUGACGAGGCUGUCGACUGUCAGAUAAUGGAACUACUGAGGGAUCAAGUCCUCCCACAUUCCCAGUUCAUCCCUCAGGCGUUUAUACUGAGAAUAGUUAUGCUACUUAAUAAGGGCUCAAUACACUCAGCGACGUCUUUGCAUAAUACAAGUACAAAUACAACUGCUAACUUAAUGGGUUCAGCGAUCAACGAUUUUUCGUCUGUAACAUUGAAUAAUUGUGAGACCAAGUUGAGAGAGGAGUUUGCGAAAACUUGUUUUGAGACCCUCCUGCAGUUCUCGUUGGUCGAUGGACUCAGUGAUGUUACGGAGUUUCCAAUGUUCCAGAGGACGAUUAAUAAUGCUACGAUUAGUGACUGUGAGGAUGAGAAUGGGGGAAUUGCUGGACGAUUGGCAGUGACUGCUCUGUUGCAUAGGUUCCAGCAGGUUUUGUAUCGUUAUAUCGAGGAUGAUAGGAAGAGCGGAAAGUGCCCGCUCCCCAGAUAUAGAUUAUCGGAGAUUUCCUUUGUUCUUAAGGCGGUGGCGACUCUUGUAGUGUCGUUGAAAAAGGCACCAUCGAAUAAAGUGGAAAAGUCUGUUUGGCAACAGCUAAUUGGACUUUAUCCGUGUUUAGUGGAGUGUAAUCUUGCUGCAGCUUCUCCUCAAGUAUCUAGGUCCCUUAGGGAAGCUCUUAUGCAGUAUUACGAUCUUCUUAGGCCACCUGUGGAUGGGAGUAUCGGGGGGGUACCUUCGAUGUCCAAUAAUGGCGUUUAACCUGCCAGUGAGCAAGUUCUCGGGGAAUUGAUUCAGUACGGGAGGAAUGGAAGGAGAUAAGUCUGAUUUGUGAUUUUUUUUUGCCAAUAUCUGGGUUUUCAUUAGAGGAUCUUUGUGUGGAAAGUUUUGUGGAUGACAAAAAAGGUCCAUUGAUAUUUUUUGUAUAAACCUGACCUUCCCUUUCGAAAUCUACAUAAAAUAAUUCAAAAACUUUUUUUCAUGGGUUCAAGGAAAAUUUGUAGGAUAUUUUGCAAAUACCUAGGAAAUGAAAGCAUUCAAGGAUGUUGACUUUGAAAACUAUCAUGAACAAGUCAGUCGAUGGUUUCUGAUGAGCGAACGUUUUGAAGCUAUUUGCAGAAUAGACUGAAAGAAUCUUUCGGAUGAUCUCUUUCCAAGACUUUUCUACAGAAUCGAUGCAUACAUUUGCUUUAUAUUCGAUUCAUCAGAUGUAUGCUUACGAGUAUUUUGUAAGUAAUUCAAUAAUAAACAGCGAGGCCUUAGUCAAUUUGGUGUUAUUCAGUGGAUAUGUUGAUGGGUGAAUUAACGAGUUACAAUCGUCCGUGUAUCUGUAUUGGAUUGUAUAAAUUUGUGUUAAUAAUUUAUAUUGUUUUUAAGUAUCCUUAGGUUUAUUGUAAUAAAAUGUUGUAGAUAUCUAUCUAUUAAUGAAGAUUAAACAUGAUGUCAGAUGA